UUUAAAUAUUGGAAGGUUUAAACUUGUUUGAACACAGUUUAAAAUAGUUUUGAUUAGAUCACAAUAGGUACCUAAGAAGUAAGAGCUUAAUUGAAAUUACAAAAGAAAUAAGCAGUCUCGAAGGUGACAAGCGGCCGAUGCAGUGUAAACUUCAUUCAAUCAAAAUAUUAUAAGUUCUGAAAAUCAAAUAACAAAAUGGCAGAGGUUGGCUUCCCUGGACAACAUUCAACAACUACCACUGUUACAUCGAAUACCACAGUCAAUACAAGGAUACGAUUUGAUAAGUCCUAUUUACAAACUGUGCCUGGUUUGCUGAAAAUUGUGCAAGUUGGUGGCUCAUUGCUGGGUUUUAUCUGUGUAGUAUGCUCUCGCGUUGGCACUGCCAGCAAGGGUGCGUACUUCAGUUGGGUGUCAAUGAUAGCCUUUUGGUUUACCGGCAUCCUACUGGGGUUCUACCUGUUUCACAUCGUAGAGAAGUUCUACAAGAUCCCGUGGCUGCGAUUGGAGUUUUUGUUCGCAGCAGUGUGGUCUCUGCUUUACCUCAUCGCCUCCAUACUUGCUACGACUGUAGGGGAUAACGCCCACUAUGCAGCAAGCUUUUUUGGUUUCGCUGCGACGCUCGCGUACAUGAUUGACGCGUACCUCAAGUUUCGCUUAGUGCGAGCGGGUGGGCUGGCACAGGGAUCCCGUGUCGUAUCAAAACAGACUACUGAAGCCAUAACCACUCCAGGGGGCCGCUAUUAACAUCUUGCAAUACAGUAUCGAUAAGAACCAUUGUCAAUUUUAGUAACGCACUACACGACUAUUAAUUAUCUAUCAAAUAUCGAAACAAUAUAUUUCAAGUUAAACGUUUUUAAAUAAGUGUUUCUAGAGCCACGGGAUAAAUAGGUACAAGAUAUGAUUGCAACAUUAUGCGAAUCUUUUUUUGCAAAUUUUGACGACAACCACUUUAGCCACUUUCCAAUUCAUAAGGUACCUGAUUGGUGAGUUUUUUAUGUUUUAAUUACUAUUCCGCGUAUAAAACUAAAAGCUGAUUUACAUUUGCUAUAAAUUCCGUGCUAAUAAGCAUGGUUUUUUUAGCAUGCUAAACUAAAGGGGUGCUAAUUAAGAUGCCGAUAUACAUUUGCUUUGCUAUUUUCAUCAGAAGUUGUCUCAAAAGCGAAGCACUCGCAUCGCAAAUCAAAUCAAGUCAAGUCAAAUCAUUUAUAUUUAUGUUUAAAGUUUUUUCAAUGUCUGCAUAUGCAUUGUCUCUAAGAAUUUUGUUUUUAUAAGUUUCACUGCACGAAUCCCAUAAGCAGGCAUGUUUUUCGUAUUCUGAUAACAAUUUAGUUGUCAGAUGCCAUUUUAAUAAACGCACUUUUUUAAAACCACAGAUAACGAUAAAAAAUCUGACGGUCAGUCGGAUUUUUUAGCGUGCUUUAUAGCAUAGCACAUUCACAUUUGCGAAAUGCGUGUUUUUUAGAUUUCUUGGAAAAAGAAUGCUAAAAACGUAUUAAAAAGUAGCAAACGUAAAUCAGCCUUAACUCAAAAUGUAAUGACAGAUGUUGAUGUCUGUUGAAGUGAAACGAUUUUUUUGUUAAAGCAUAAACGUUUCGCUUUUAUUCUAGUACUUACAUUUGUAUAUAGUUGUCAGUAAUCAACGAGUCAUGAAAAUACACACAGGAUACUGAUAUAGCGUAAUUGUGCAGCGCGAAACUAGUUAUAUCUAUUUUUGGUCGAUUUUAUUUUGUACCUAAAAAAUCUCUUGACAACGAUAAUAAUUGAUUCGACGGAAAUGUCAUUUCUUAUUGCUAUAUAAAAAACAUGUUUGUUUAUCAAUCUCUAUUUUUGGAGCCGAGAGCUCUAACUUUUGUACUAAUUUAUCCUUGUAUACGGUAAAUAUUGGCCGUUUACAUUAUUAACCGUACUACAAUUUUACUCAGAAAACUCCUACAGUUUAUUUAGUUCAAAAUGGCUAUUAUAUGGCUAAAUAUUUGUGCAUGCUCUCACUCACAUUAAUAUAUAUUUUUUUAUAUCGCAACUAUUUUAUAUACGAUUAAAUAAAUCAUUUACUAUUCUGUAACAAUUUAUAUAGCAAUAUUUUCUAGUCUUUACAUCUCUUAAGUGAAAGUGGAAAACGUAUUUGUCUCACUGUAAAUUUACUUCAACUGCCGAUUUUAGUUUCUAUUUUAUGUGCCUUAAGGUAUGAUUCAGUGUCUCCUAUAUGUAUUAAUAUAAAAGAUUUUGAAACACGGCAGUCAUAGUGAUAUGGUUGAAAAAAGUGUUAUGUGUAUUAUAAUUAUGUAUUAACAGUAUAGAGGGUAUUUUCGCUCAAAAUUUGUAUCUGAGAACCAUGACCUAAAUGUAUGCAUAGAAAUUAGUAUUAUUGCUGUUUUAACUAAAGCACAUUUGAGUUUUUGUCUGUUAGUGUGUAAAUACUUGUUAAAGCGGUGUAAUUGGAGAGAUUUAGUUUUUGUAAGGUGUAACUCCACACCUAAAGUUAAGUUUUAAUUUAACCUUAAUUUAGUAUUUUGUUACUUAAUUGUUUUUAAGGUUUUAUAUAUUUUAACGAAUAAAUUUAAUACAAUGUUAUAUGAUACGUUAAAAGUUCUCGGCUGGACUAGGAAAACAACUGCACGUGUAUGCAAUUAAUGCCUCAGUACUUUGUGGCACACAAUAAAAUAAAAAUAAGGAUUUUUAGUAGUAGACGUUAGAAACCAUAAUCUCUGGCUAUCCUCAUAUUAUGAUAACGUAUCUGUUUAUUUGGUUUUUUUUAUUAUAUACUCCCCCUAUGCCUUAAACACGACUUAGUUUUUUUGUUCUAAGACUGCCAUUUCAUAUUUUUUUUAAAGAUUAUAUAACAUAACAGUGAACAGUUAUUGCUGUUAAAUUUAAUGGUUUAAUAUAUUUAUUUGUUAACUGACGUUUUCUCCGCCGUAAAAACUAGUGUUGUAACUACUCGGUUAGGCCGAGAACUUUCCAAUCUAUGGUUUAUUUAUCAAACAGAAGAACCCACACCAGUACCUGUAUUGUAACAUUUCUAAUGUUUUAUGAAAAAUACUAUUUCUGUUACAAAUUUGGUAAUAAUAAAAGAUUUUCUUUUCCUUUAUAAAAAUCAUUUCAAAUGAUAUGAUGAGACUUGGCAUACAUCGCACAGACUUUGUUUAGAUAUCAAUAUUUUUGCAUUCAUGAUUUUACUGUUAUAUGAUUUGUAUUAUUACGUAUGUUUUGUACAGAAAUAGUACUUCUCAAAUCGUGUAAUUUUAUAAGUGUUAAGUGAUGUUUUUUAUAAUGCCUUAUAGAGUGCCUUAAUAACCAAAUAUAUUUCUUAUAAAUAAUAUUUACUAUUACUAAACAUUUGUUGUUUUUGCUGUUAAUCAUUCCGAAUUUACUAUAAAUUGUUUUGUUUUACUAUUUUUAUAACCUAUACAGUAUAAAGUGCCUUGAUUCUUAAAAUAAGUUUCGUGACAGUUAGAAGACAAGUUUUAUCUAUGAAAAAUUCUAAAAUAUUCUAGAACAUAUCUGACGCUGUCAUCGAUUUCUUUUGCAAGGUAAUUUUGAUAUACCUCAUAUAGUAUUUACACUAUUUUUAUAUUAUAUUUAUAAAUUGCAUAUUUUAGAUUCACAUAAACACUAAUUUUGUAGCAUUACUAAUGCAUUUUAUUAUCGCAAUGUAAUUUACGCUUUGUUAUUUGAA